UAUUAAAACAUUCUUGAAGCAGAAGUACAUUGCUCACAUACAUUGCACACAAACAUAAGAUCACACAAGUUCACAACUGCAUAUGUUGCAAGUAAAAGUGUAACAUAUCUCUCUGUAAAACUCCCAAAAAAAAGUUCUAAAUGCUUCGUCCAAAUCUCCCAAAACCCCCACAAAACCCUCUAAACCAGCAAAGCUUUGAACAAAACUACAGAGACGUCUGCAACCUCCUCCUCUCCCUAACCCACUCAAGGUCCCUCCCAAAGGGUCUGCAACUCCAUUCCCAUGUCCUCAAAUCUGGCCUCCAAACCAUCCCUCUCAUCUCCCACCACCUCAUCAACUUCUACUCCAAGAACCAGCUCCCCCUUCAUUCCCGCCAAAUUUUUGAAGAAGCCUCACGAAAGUCAUCAACUACUUGGAGCUCCGUCAUCUCCUCAUUUGCCCAGAACGAGCUUCCGGUCCUCGCCAUUGAGUACUUUCGUCGAAUGCUUGGCGCGCAACUGCGUCCUGAUGACCAUAUAUACCCGAGCGUCGCCAAGUCCUGCGCGAUUUUGAAUCGGCUCGAUGUUGGGCAGUCUGUGCAUUGCCUUGCGGUGAAGACUGGGUACGAGUUUGAUGUGUUUGUGGGAAGUUCUGUGGUCGAUAUGUAUGCGAAAUGCGGAGAGAUAAGGGAUGCUCGGAAGGUGUUUGACGAAAUUCCUGAGAAGAAUGUGGUUUCUUGGAGUGGGAUGAUAUAUGGGUAUACUCAAUUGGGUCAAGACGAGGAGGCUUUGAGACUAUUUAAACAAGCCAUGGUUGAAAAUUUGGAUGUCAAUGACUUUACGUUUUCGAGUGUUAUACGGGUUUGUGGCAAUUCGACGCUUUUUGAAUUGGGGAGGCAAAUACAUGGCUUGUGCUUCAAAACGAACUUUGAUUUGUCGAGCUUUGUUGGUAGUUCUUUGGUUUCUCUGUACUCUAAGUGUGGAGUGAUUGAAGGAGCUUAUCGUGUUUUUGAUGAGAUACCCGUUAAGAAUCUUGGAAUGUGGAAUGCAAUGCUGAUCGCAAGCGCCCAGCACGUGCACACGGAUAACGCUCUUGAUCUGUUUAAACAGAUGGAAAGUGCAGGGAUGAAGCCGAAUUUCAUUACGUUUUUGUGUGUGCUCUAUGCUUGUAGUCAUGCUGGGCUAGUUGAAAAGGGGCAAUAUUACUUUAGCCUCAUGAGAGAGUAUGGGAUUGAGCCAGGGGAGCAGCAUUAUGCUACCCUAGUGGACUUGCUUGGCCGUGCUGGAAAAUUGCAGGAAGCAGUUAAAAUUAUUGAUGAAAUGCCUAUAGAACCAACAGAAUCUAUAUGGGGAGCUUUAUUAACGGGUUGUCGAAUCCACGGUGACACUGAAUUGGCAGCCUCUGUGGCUGACAGAGUCUUUGAGUUGGGUCCUGUGAGCUCUGGCCUGCAUGUGCUUUUGUCUAAUGCUUAUGCUGCUGCCCAAAGAUUUGAGGAAGCAGCAAAAGUCAGGAAGAUGCUAAGAGAUCGAGGUGUGAAAAAGGAAACGGGUUUGAGCUGGGUUGAGGAGGGAAACAAGAUUCACACAUUCGCGGCUGGGGACAGGACUCACAUGAGAACUAAAGAGAUUUAUGAGAAGUUGGAGGAGUUAGGGGAGGAAAUGGAGAAAGCUGGUUAUGUUGCAGACACAAGUUUUGUGCUAAGAGAGGUAAAUCGCGAAGAGAAAGAUCAGACAAUUAGGUAUCACAGUGAAAGACUAGCUGUAGCAUUUGGUCUUAUAACCUUUCUGCCUGAUAGACCAAUUAGGAUUAUGAAGAACUUGCGCAUUUGUGGUGACUGUCAUACUGCAAUUAAGUUUAUGUCCAAGUGCUCAGGAAGGGUUAUCAUAGUGAGGGAUAACAAUAGGUUUCAUAGGUUUGAGGAUGGAAAGUGUACCUGCGGAGAUUAUUGGUGAUUAAUAUGUAUCAAAUUCAUUAACGAUUAACUAAAAGAUGGUCUGAAUGGUCUAAAA